CGACGAGCAAAUUUGGUGGUGCUGCUGCAAAUGCAGGAAUGGAAUUUUCAAAUACGCUUUUAUUGCUUUACACGCGGCAUAACUAUCGAUAACACUAUCAAAAUUGAGUCCAUCGGCCAGCUCCCUCUCAAUGGAGAGAACUGCCAAUGCUGUGAGCAUUGUCUGGCUCAUUGCUGACCGAAGUUUGAACUUUAUUAGCUUAACUAUGAAGAAAGAACGCUUACAGCUGGCAAUGCUAAUUGCCCGGGUGAGAAAGAGACGCAACAAGACCACAAUAUUUGGUGCAGAAGCCUUAACGCGAUAUGGAUAUAUGAUGCUGAAAGGUUUAAACGAUCCACUGAUUUUGUUGCUCCCUAACAUUGUCACAAUAAAACUGCAGUCGUCUCCUUUCGGCAUAGAACCCCUUUUUCUAUAUCCUCAUCAACUUUGCUAAAUGAACA